CAUGCUUCAGUUCUGUUCUGGGCACAGCCGGUGAAUACACGUUACUGAGAGACGCAGCCUGACUCUGCCUGUUAUUUAUACAUCUACACUUGCAACAACACCCUGCUAGAGUAUUAAGUUUAUUUAUUUAUCUAUUUAUUUGAUAGAGAUGGGACUUAACUUCAAGGCGGAAGUGAAUGAGUGAAAUCGAAAGCACAGCAAACAAAGGAAAGGAUCACUGCCGAGGCUGUUCUUUCAGUCAUCUGAAGUGAAACUUUACAUCUCACUUCAUCCCAAAUCCUGCAACAUGGUCCAUGCCAUCCAAAAGGAUGUUUGGAGCAAGCACUUCGACAACUGGACCAAUUCUGAUUCUAUUCAUGAUGAUCUCUGGAGGAUGUUCCCUUAAAUGUCAACAGUCGGAGUAUGAGCUAGGGGAACGAUGCUGUCGUUUGUGUCCAGCUGGAAAAUUUGUUAUAAGAGACUGCACACAGUGCGUAUCUACUAUCUGUACGCCCUGCGCUGAGGGGACCUACAUGAAUCAGCCUACAGGAGCGAUAGUAUGUCCUGACUGUACAAACUGUGAUGCAGACUCUGGGUUGAAAACAAAGACGCUGUGUACAAGAACAUCAGAUACGGUUUGUGAACCUCUGGAGGGAUUCCACUGUGUGGACUCUACAGAUGGAGGAUGUAGGGCAGCAGAGACACACUCGAGCUGUGGUCCAGGACAGUUCAUCAGUAGAAAAGGGACAGCGCUGUCGGACACGGUCUGCUCUAACUGCACCGAAGGAACAUUUUCAAAUGGCACAUUAACUUCCUGUCAUCUACACACAAAAUGUGAAGCAAUGAAAGUGAUAAAACCAGGAAGUGUUUCAGCUGAUGCUGAAUGUGGAGAAAACAAUUCAAAAUGUACAAUUGCAAGUGUUGCACUUUGUGUGUCCUUUUUGAUUGUUUCAAUUAUUAUAGUAUCUGCACCAAGAUGCUGCAUAAAAAGGAAGGAAUCUGACCACAGAGAAACUGGAACAGAGCUGAGGACCAUCUCAAACGGUGCUCAACUUUCAUCCCUUCCCAGGACACUGAACAGCCCAACGACCACCGUCCACACCGGUGAUGGUGACAGUCAUCACAACAUUGAGCAUGAAGAAACCAAUGUGCUGCUCAAUGGUACUGUCCAGAAUACUUAGCAGAUCGGUUUGAGCUGGAUCGUUUCGGAUGUGGCAGCUGUGGCCUAGUGGUUAGGGAGUUGGUCUUGGGGUCGGAGGGUUCCAGUUUCGAAUCCCACCCUAGCCAUGAUUGAAAUGCCCUUGAGCAAGGUAUCUAACCCCACACUGCUCCAGGGACUGUAACUGGCACCCUGUAAAUAUCUGUAAGUCUCUUUGGAUAAAAGCGUCUGCUAAAUGCAAUGUAAUGUAAUGUAAUGUAAUCAUUCCAGCCAAGUUUUUGAAGGAUGCUUGUUUUUAUGAACACUUGUUUGUUCCAGCUGCCUUCAAACAUGCUAUGGUUAGGCCCCUCCUAAAAAGAAAAACUCUUCUUGACUCCUCUGUGCUCUCCAAUUUUAGACGUGUCUCCCACUUCCCUUUUCUUUCUAAAGUUUUAGAUGAAGUUGUUUUUAUUCAGUUAUUUUUGGAGAUCAAUUCUAUGCUUGAUAUAUUUCAGUCUGGUUUUAGAUCCCGACACAGCACUGAGUCAGCACUGUUAAAGGUGCACAAUGAUUUUGCCCUGUCUGUGGAUGCUGGGAGUCAUGCUGUGCUGGUCACAGCAGCCUUCAACACAGUCGACCAUGCAGUCGACCAUGCAGUCGACCAUGCAGUCGACCAUGCAGUCGUCACUCUCAAAAUGUCUGUGGUAAUUUUCUAGUUGUUUAAUAGAGGCCCUCUCAUUUUACUGUCCCCUUCCUCAGGGAUGAUUUAAGCUGUGUUCAGUCCUACAUGUUACUGUAAGUUUCCAGGGCUAGUAAUCUUACUGUUACCUUUCUCAGAACGAUAGAUUAUAAGUGGUGCUGCUAAUGUUGCAAGUUUUUCAUGUAAAUACUUUACCAGAUUUAUAUGUAGGCU